AUGCAUUCCCCUCAGCUAGAGCUGGGCAGCCUGGUGGCAGAGAAUGGAGUCCAGGACUGGCUUCCAGUUCAGGACUGGGUUCACAGCAGUGAGACCUCAUCCAUAGGCUAUUAUGGGAGGAUGUCCUUGGUGACAGCCAGGCCCAUUUCCAAGCCUUCUCUCCCGGCUGCUCUGGAGAGGCAGGAAGAGGAGGAGACUGAGGUGAUCCUCGGCCUGGGCAGGGAGCUGCCAGCUGGUGGACCAGGCACAGAGCCUCUGGAGCUGCUGGAGCCAGGGGAGAAAGGGCUACUGCUGGCUGAGUGCGCCAGUGAGGAGGAGAGGACAGCAGCCAGUGAGGUGGACAAGGAUGAGGAGGAUGUGGAGGGGGAGCAUGUCACAAAGAUUUACUACUGCAGCCAGGCGCACUCCCAGCUGGCCCAGUUCACACAGGAAGUUUGGAAGAGCCCCUUUGGCAAGGUCCCCAAGUUGGUGACCCCAGGCUCCCAGCAGAACCUUUGUGUGAAUGAAGACAUAAGAAGCCUGGGUGCUGUGCAGCUGGUCAACAGCCACCGCAUGGAGAUGCAGAGAAGCCCACAUGAGAGUAAGAACAGAGCUGAGGCAGACAAGCCCAAGAGAUGGCAGCAGGAAGACCAGGCUGCUUGCCUCUUCCACAACCGAGAGCAGACACAGCUGCUCCAGGAUGAGAUCCUGGUGGCCCUUUGGAGGGCCCCUAUUAUGGGAGCUGGCUCACCAUCCCUGUGGCCCAGGCAACAGCCCGGGGCCAUCCGCACCCUGAACUGCACACAGUGGGUGCAGGAAGAGAAGCAAAAGAAGGAAAUGAGUUUCAUUCACACCAUGCCCAUGAGACAGCUGGAACCCCUGCCCUCUCUCUCUGUGGCUCACAGAAUCCUAUGUCACCACCUUCCUUCCAUCCCACGAGUGGUCCAGACUGGCUGGGCUCCAGCCCUUCCUGCAAAGCUUCCAACCCAGGUGACCCAGAGUGAGUUGCAGGGCAGUGCUAUGAGCCAGGCUGUGGGCUUGGGCAGUAGUGGUCCAGACCCAGUGACGCAUAUUGAAGGCUUCCUUGCAGCUCUCACCACUGCCAACCAGGAGAGAGAGCAGGGCCAUCCUGAGCUGCCAAGGCAGUCUCAGCCAGAGCAGCCUCAAAUUCUUCCUCUGAAUCCAGUCGUACAGUUUGCCCAGCAGGUAAAGGAAUGCUGGGCAGUGGUCAGUGUAGGGGGCACCAUGCAGCCUGUAAAGAACCGAGCCCCUGCUUCCUGUGCCCCAGGUCAUGUGAUCACAUCGGACACCCUUCUGUCCUUGGUCCUCUACAGUGGGUUAGCCAGCAGCUGGAGCUCAUCUUUCAGCAGAGAGAGCUGCCCACAAUAG